AUGCCCGUCAUGACGGAUGAGCGGACUUGGACACGUACUCGCAGCAGGUCGCGGUCACCGAGGCGACGUCGGGAUGAGACAAGACGGCGGUCGCCGAUUGGCGAAGGGAAUUUAAGACGAGAGCGGGAAGAGCGGCAUCAUCACCACCACCAUCGCCACCAUCGCCAUCGGGAUAGCCCCAGAGAGAGCGGUCGUGGAGGGAGCAGAGAUGUUACGAACAGCGCACCACCCAUUACACUGCCCUACGACGCGCGGACGCUUUCUAAGAACGACCUGGAUGUCUUCAGACCGUUGCUGGCGUACUACCUCGACUUGCAGAAACAAAAAGACAUGCGUGACAUGGAUGAGCGUGAGGUGAGAGGCCGAUGGAAGAGUUUUAUGGGGAAAUGGAACCGUGGGGAAUUGAGUUCUGGGUGGUAUGAUCCGGAGAUGUUCAUGACCGCCAAGGACAGGGCGGCAGAGGAAGGGCCCCGGAGACCGGACGCGGAGGAGACUAACAGGAAAGCCAGCGGAGAGAAGGACGAGGAUGAGAAUGAUGAUGAUGAUGAUGAGGACGAUGAGGACUUGGGACCGAGGUUGCCGUCCGCCGCGCGAGAAGGGGGCCAGCGGUCCGGGCCUGGCAUGCCCAGUAUGGCGGACCUGUCGCUCCGCCGAGAGAACCUUGCCGAGGACGCGCAGCGCGAAAGAGAAGCGAGGAACGAAGACCUACGACAGCAGAGGAAGGAUGACAGGAAGAUGCAGCGAGAGAGGCUCGAUGAUCUGGCACCCCGCGCCGAGGCUGGCACCAGAGAACGGAUGCUGGAGAAGAAGGCACUCGUCAACGAAAAGAUGAAGGAUUUCAGAGAGCGCGGAGGCGGGGACGGUCAGGCCGAGGUCGGUGAGCAAGAGCUGAUGGGCGGAGGGGACUCGCUGGCGGAGUAUAGAGCUAUGAAGGCUAGGGAGGAGCGGAAGAAAACUGAAAGAGAGAUCAGGAGGGAGGAGGUUGCGCGAGCGAGAGCCGCGGAGAGGGAGGAGAGAGUUAGAGAGUAUAGAGAGCGCGAGGAGGGGGUAAUGAAGGGCCUGAAGGAGUUGGCUAAGCAGAGGUUUGGGUAG